GUGAGCGCGCGGAGGGAGCGCGCCUCAGCUCGGAGACUUCGACGAUGACACGCGGCAGAUAAAAGUCUUAUAGACUCAACAGUCUUGCAGCCAUGACUUGCAUUCACCCCCAACAUGGAUCUCAGUCCUACGAGAACAACCUCUGCAGCUCUGAGCUAGACUUCAUCUCCAGGCUGGCUGUGGACAUGAGCAGCCCACGGGACCACGUCUCCGCUCCGUCCCUGCCAAGCAUCGGCUCACUGGUGGGCACUCCAGCAGGCGACUUUGAUGCAUACUCGUGCCAGUUCACUGCUGCACCUGCCCAAGUCAACCCGUCUUCAGGCCACGAGACCCCCUUCAAGCUGGACGAGCUCCAGGUUUACGGCUGCUACCCAGGAACGUUCACGCUGAGCUACCCGGACGAGGUCUUGUCCCCUGGUGGGUCAGACUAUUUUGGCAGCCCCACAUCCACCUCGUCUCCUUCAACUCCUGGGUUCCAGAGUCAGCAGGCAUCCACCUGGGACUUAGCCUUUGGCUCGUUCUCACCCAGUCCAGGAUGCUGGGCAGGUGAGGAGACGUCAGCGUCACAUGCCCCCUCUUUCUUCACAUUCGGAUCAGGAUCUGUGGAGGACUUGGUUCAACCGCAUUUACGAGACCAGGACCUAUUCACGUUGACCCACCCUCACCACUCUGCACUGACCUUCCCUGGCCUGUCGAUGGAGCCAGCCCUUAGCCUGGAUGGCAAUGAUCAUCUCGAUGGAAGCCUAUCGCCAAAGUUAAAAAGCCCAAGUGGAAACGAGGGCUGCUGCGCUGUGUGUGGAGACAACGCCUCCUGUCAGCACUACGGGGUUCGAACCUGUGAGGGAUGCAAAGGGUUCUUCAAGCGAACAGUGCAAAAGAAUUCCAAAUAUGUUUGCCUUGCCACCAAGGACUGUCCCGUGGACAAGAGGAGACGGAACAGAUGUCAGUUCUGCCGUUUCCAGAAGUGUUUGGCUGUAGGCAUGGUCAGGGAAGUUGUGAGAACAGACAGCCUGAAAGGACGAAGAGGUCGCCUGCCUUCCAAGCCCAAAGUCGUCCAGGAGGUGACGACUACAGUGUCUCCGGUGAGCAUGAUCGCUUCACUUGUGAGGGCGCACAUCGACUCAAACCCUGACAUUGGGAAACUUGAUUAUUCCAAGUAUGAAGAGACGGAGGUCAGUCCGAACCAGAAAGAGGACGCUAGCGACAUCAAACAGUUUUAUCACCUUCUCACGACCUCCAUGGAGGUGGUCAGGAAGUGGGCGAAGAGCAUCCCGGGUUUCUGUGACUUCUGCUCCGAGGACCAGGACCUGCUGCUGGAGUCUGCGUUUGUCGAACUCUUCAUCCUCCGUCUUGCAUAUCGGUCCAAUCCUGAAAAGGACAAGCUCAUCUUCUGCAAUGGCUCUGUGCUUCACAAGACGCAGUGCGUCCGAGGCUUUGGGGACUGGAUCGACUCCAUCUUGGACUUUUCUCAAAGUCUCCAUCGCAUGAAGCUUGACGUUUCGUCCUUCUCCUGUCUCACAGCUCUGGUCAUAAUCACCGACCGACAUGGCCUUAAGGAGCCUAAACGUGUGGAGGACUUGCAGAACCAGCUCAUCACCUGCCUUAAAGAUCACGUCUCCGGCUGCGGCUCUGACUCCUUGCGGCCCAAUUAUUUGUCCAGACUUCUCGGGAAGCUGCCUGAGCUGCGAACUCUGUGCACCCAAGGCCUCCAGCGAAUCUUUUACCUUAAACUAGCAGAUCUGGUUCCCCUACCGCCGCUCGUGGACAAAAUCUUCAUGGAUACGCUCCCAUUCUGAGUGAAAGAUGGGAGAGGGGCGAUCUGCGAUAUCAAAUCUGGAGCCAAAGAGAACAGACUCAGUGCUUCAGGUAGUUUAAAGUGAAACUGUGAGGAAGCAAAGGAGAAGAAUAAUCCUGAGGGAUUAUGCGGCUCCAUGGGAAGAAGAACUACUUCUCAAUUAUAAAGUGAGUGAGUUAUGAAACUUUUGGAUGCGACGUGGAGCAUCAAAUAAAGCUCUGACUGGUUUGAUGUGCUCUCCGGAUGGAAUUAGACCAGCUCAUGGACCAAAAGGCGACUGUUUACAUACAACACGGUGCCAUGAAUGGAAAUAUUUCUGACGGAGGGACUAUGAAUGCACGAGUUAAACGUUAAACUUACAUCUGCACUUUCAUUUCAAGGAUGUAGAGUGUUCUUUCUGUGAUCUGGAUGACUGUAAAUUGCAUGUAAAAAGUACGACAAAGCCAGUGUUGUUAUUAUAUUUGGAGUAUUUCUUUGAAAAAGGCCACGCAAAUGAUUUCACAGAACCAAUUUGUCAUUUUAAAGCCACUUUCUGAUGUGAGUCCGCACACAUCGAAGCAUGUGAAGCAUGAGUCACUCAAAUCUACAGAUCGGUUUAUAUUCAAUGCUUCCAUUAGCAUUUAGUGAUUGCUACGACAUUAUUGCGCUGUAUGAUUCAUGUAUCAUGAAUGGACAUUGAGCAGCUAAUGCAUCAUCCAGUACAGUCUUAUGAACUGGUCCUGAGUGUAAAUUAUUUAGUUUUAAGGUGUUUCUUGUCACAUGAACUGUAUUCUACCGUCUGUGGAGGGGUCAUUUUAUUUUGGGCUUGUUGUUUUUACAGGCUAAGAUACUCUGUCCACUGCAGCUGAACAUUUAUUAAACAUGGAACGGGAUAUUUUAACUGCUUUGGUCAUCUCUGCCCAGAACGUGUGGAGACUUACACUUGAAUUCAAAGUGGUUCAACGGCAGAUGACUGAGAUAUAUUUCGUACAUUGUACAGUAUUUAGUACAGUAUGUCAGUCUACUGUGUUCAGUUGUGCUGAGUUUCCUGCUGAGCCAGCAGCCUGCGAGCCCGACUUGAGUGUAACAUUUUCUUUGGGCAACAGACGAGAACCUGCAUCUGAAAAAUGUAGCCCUGCUCAAAUCCCUCCUAGUUAUGUACUGGUCUCGUUUUAGAAGACGGCAGAAUUCCCAGUCCAGUCUCAAGUGACCCAGUCUACUUCAUCAUUGUAUAACACCCCGCUGUAACAUGUGUGCAUGUGUGCAUGUGUGUUGAGACAUGAAUGUACGCCUCGUACCGCUUGAAGUAAAUGUUAUGGAAACACUUCUAUCACUAGGGCAUUAAAGGAGUAUUUAUAGCUGAUAGGUCAUAGAUUACGGAUGUAUUUAUAGCUCAUUAAACUUUAUGAUCCUCUAGAAUUUUAUGGUUUUUUAAAUUUUAUUAGGAUUCCCCAUCAGUGACACGUCCACACGAAACAUAAAUGGCACAGGAAUGACAAGGUCCAACAGUCCCCUUAUGAAGCCAGAUUUAAAUCCCCUAGAAUCUGCACCGAGCUGCACACUCUCAUAGAUAUCAGUCCCCUAAUGCCUUCAAGCCUGUUUCUUUUUGGAUCAAGAUGCAUAAAUUAUUGCCUGGAACAUUUGCUAAGUAAAAAAGGCCCAUGUUCCAUCCUCCCAUCAAGUUGUGAGGGCAGAAAAGUAAACCUUCUUGGUGGAAGUAAAAACUAUUUAAGUCAAGUUUUAUACUUGAUUGAGUCAAAAUAGGGUAAACAUAUCAUCUUAUAACAUGAAAAUAACUUUUAUAAUGUGUUCCUGAUGUCUUUUCCUUUUUUCUGGCGAUGCAGCUUCUGUGCACAUCACACAAAAUGCAAACGCAUCAUCAAAUGCGUUGACAGCAAUUUCUGACCCUAUUCCCUUGGAUUUAAAAGCACAUAUCAUUUCGGCCGCUGUUCCUCCAGUUGAGCAUCUUCAUUACUGAAGCUCCUGUCAUCUGUGCCACAACAGUGAACCCUCUGUCAAGGUCAUUCAGAUCUUUUCCACCUGUCACUGUGACAGAGUCAGAAUCGAGUGGGCCUGCUCAGCAACUGUCUGCCACACAGCAUGAAUGGAUGUUUACCCUCAGGAGCCCUGGACUGUUUUGGCCAUUUAAUAGUUUAAAUUUUUUACCACAUUAAAAAGGUUUACCAUC